CCCGCUUCUCUGGCCCCUCCCUCUCCCCUGGACCGAUCCGCCCACCAGCUCCCCCUCCCCAUCCCUUGGGUCCCGGGAUGGGGGGGCGGUGAGGCAGGCACAGCCCCCCGCCCCCAUGGCCGCCCGUCGGAGCCAGAGGCGGAGGGGGCGCCGGGGGGAGCCGGGCACCGCCCUGCUGGCCCCGCUGGUGCUGAGCCUGGGCCUGGCGCUGGCCUGCCUUGGCCUCCUGCUGGUCGUGGUCAGCCUGGGGAGCUGGGCAACGCUGUCUGCCCAGCAGGAGCCUUCUCAGGAGGAGCUGACAGCAGAGGACCACCAGGAGCCCCCUGAACUGAAUCCCCAGACAGAGGGAAGCCGGGAUGCCGUGGUGCCUUUCCUGGACCGACUAGUCCGGCCUCGAAGAAGUGCUCCUAAAAGCCGGAAAGUAAGGGCUCGCAGAGCUAUCGCCGCCCAUUAUGAAGUUCAUCCACGGCCAGGACAGGAUGGAGCGCAGGCAGGUAUGGAUGGGACAGUGAGUGGCUGGGAAGAGGCCAAAAUCAACAGCUCCAGCCCUCUGCGCUAUGACCGCCAGAUUGGGGAAUUCACAGUCGUCAGGGCGGGGCUCUACUACCUAUAUUGUCAGGUGCACUUUGAUGAGGGGAAGGCUGUCUAUCUGAAGCUGGACUUGCUGGUGAAUGACGUGCUGGCCUUGCGCUGCCUGGAGGAGUUCUCAGCCACAGCAGCCAGCUCUCCUGGGCCCCAGCUUCGUCUGUGCCAGGUCUCUGGGCUGCUGCCCCUGCGGCUAGGGUCUUCCCUGCGGAUCCGCACUCUCCCCUGGGCUCAUCUUAAGGCUGCGCCCUUCCUUACCUACUUUGGACUCUUUCAAGUUCACUGAGGGGUCCUGCUCUCCCAGACUCCCUAAACUUUACCCAGACAACUCCCAGAGCACCCCGACCCCUAACUCUGAGCUGCUCCAGUCAAGUCCUCUCCUCUGAAGGCAGUGGGGUUUGUUCACGUGUUUUCCACCCCACGGAAACAUUCCUGUUCCUCUUUACCACCUCAUCCCACCCCAGCUGCCCACCUCACAAAGCCCCACCUUUCCCUGAUUCCCGGCCCCAGCCCCCAGGACACUGUAUUUACUGACUGUGUGCAUUGGGCGCUGAGAUGGGCUGGACCUGGUGGCAGGAAGCCAAGGAGCCUGGGACUAGGCCAGAAGUUCCCAAAUGUGAGGGGUAAGAGCCUUCGACAAGCUCCUCCCUGGAUCCCUGUGGAUUUUGAAAAGAUACUAUUUUUAUUAUUAUUGUGACAAAAUGUUAAAUGGAUAUUAAAACGAAUAAAUCAUGAUU